ACACACCCAAGCUCAUGCUUCCACGACCUGCCUCAUGGGCAAUAUUUGAAGGCCUGUACAAAAGGCCUAAUAUCCAACACGAAUGGCUUUCUUGUUCUGUAUUUAAUUCGCUACAGCAGCGUGCUUCAUCAUCCUCAUCAUCUACAAGAUGGAAGAGUCGUCAAGGUCGAGAUUCAUUUGCAAGAGAAGCAAAAGUCCAAGGAUUGAAGAGUAGAGCUGCUUUCAAACUACUUGAGAUUGAUGCAAAAUAUAGGAUUUUCAAGAAGGGGCAAACUGUCGUUGAUCUUGGCUAUGCGCCAGGAAGUUGGUCUCAGGUAGCUGUCGAACGAACCAAGCCUUCCGGCCGCAUAGUGGGUAUCGAUAUUAUCCCCGCCCAGCCACCAAAAGGCGUCUCCACUAUCCAAGGCAAUUUCCUGUCUGCCGGUGUCAGAGCAGAAGUGAAGCGCUUCCUCUCAGAUCCGGAUCGCGGACGUCUCAAACCUUCUCUCAUAUCGCAUCUCGAGGAAGGAGGGAACGAGGUUUUGACCAGCGAUCGGAGCUAUAUUGAUCUAGAACGCCAUGCCGAUGAGGAUGAUGUCGGAGGAGUCUGGACAAUGGAUAGAGAGGGAGGAAGGAGGUUGGAGAGAAGCAGGAAGAAGGAUGAGGAGGAGGGGAGAAUGGUUGAUGUUGUGUUGAGUGACAUGUCCGCUCCCUGGGAACAGACGACUGGGUUUUGGAAGAGGAGUUUGAGUAAUCCGUAUCAUAGGAUGAUGAACACGAGCGGUAUUGCGUUUAAGGAUCAUGCUGGGAGUAUGGAUCUCUGCGCAGCAGCACUGCAAUUCGCGAACGAGACAUUGAAGACGGGCGGGCAUUUCAUAUGCAAGUUUUACCAAGGGUCAGAGGAUAAGGAGCUGGAGAAGCAGUUGAGGGCACUGUUCAAAAGCGUGCAUAGAGAGAAGCCAGAAUCGUCUAGGAGCGAGUCGAAAGAAGCAUAUUUUGUGGCAUUAAAAAAGAAGAAUGACACCCUUGUAGAAGAAGUCAAGGAAGUGGAUCCCAACGAUGUAUUUCCUGAAUAGAUCACCAC